CGCGAUCCGCAGCGACAACAGCGACGAACAUGAACACGGAGAAGGACUUUUCACCUCUGACGCCGAACAUCGUCCGAGCUCUGAAUGACAAACUGUACGAGAAGAGGAAAGUCGCAGCUCUAGAAAUCGAGAAACUGGUGCGGGAGUUUGUGGCUCAGAACAACUCCACUCAGAUCAGACAUGUCAUCCAGAUCCUGGCCUCGGAGUUUGCGCUUUCCCAGCACCCCCACAGCCGGAAGGGGGGUCUCAUCGGACUGGCGGCUUGCUCCAUCGCCCUCGGCAAGGACUCCGGUCUGUAUCUGAAGGAACUUAUUGAGCCGGUGCUCACUUGCUUCAAUGACUCGGACAGCCGUCUGCGGUACUACGCAUGCGAGGCCCUCUAUAAUAUAGUCAAGGUCGCCAGGGGCGCUGUGCUGCCCCACUUCAACCUGCUCUUUGACGGUCUCAGCAAGCUUUCUGCAGACCCGGACCCCAACGUGAAAAGCGGAUCCGAACUCCUGGACAGACUCCUGAAAGACAUUGUGACGGAGAGUAACAAGUUUGACCUAGUGGCGUUUGUCCCCCUGCUGAGAGAGAGGAUCUACUCCAAUAAUCAAUAUGCGCGGCAGUUUAUCAUCUCCUGGAUCCACGUUCUGGAGUCCGUUCCGGACAUCCACCUGCUGGACUACCUCCCCGAGAUCCUGGACGGGCUCUUCCAGAUCCUGGGGGACAACAGCAAGGAGAUCCGCAGAACGUGCGAGGUGGUGCUUGGAGAGUUCCUGAAGGAGAUUAAAAAGACCCCUUCCAGUGUGAAAUUUGCUGAGAUGGCCAACGUCCUGGUCAUCCACUGCCAGGUUGCGGACGAGACGAAGCUCACGAACGACCUGAUCCAGCUGACGGCCAUGACCUGGAUGAGAGAGUUCAUCCAGCUUGCGGGCAGAGUGGUUCUCCCCUACUCCUCUGGCAUCCUAACCGCGGUGCUGCCCUGCCUUUCCUACGACGACCGGAAGAAGAACACCAAAGAAGCGGCCAGUGCCUGUAAUCACAGUCUGAUGAAGCUUGUGACUCCCGAGGAUGACGAGGAAGAGGAUGAGGAGAAAAGUGGAGGCACGGGGUCGCCGUCCAAGGACGAUGGCCGGCCCGUGACGGAGGCGGACAGCAACGACAUGUUGAACGCAUCGCAGGAAUCUGUCGGUUUCAGUAACAUCAGCUUCUUCACUCCAGCCAGCGCCGACAGGCCUCAGGUAACGCUGGACCUGGACGGCAUCGUCCAGGUGUUGGACCGGCACCUCCACGACUCCUCCACUGGCAUGAUGACCCGCAUCGCUGUGCUCAAAUGGCUCUACCACCUUUACAUCAAGACGCCGCGAAAAAUGUUCCGCCACACCGACGGCCUGUUUCCCAUGCUGCUGAAAACCCUGUCGGACGAGUCGGAUGAGGUGAUACUGAAAGAUCUGGAGGUGUUGGCCGAGAUAGCGUCGUCUCCGGCCGGCCAAACGGACCUAGCCGGGUCCUGCGACAGCGCUGACGGCAAACUGGAGCUCAAGGUCCCGGGCUCCAAAACGGGGGACUCGUCCCCGUCCACCCCCAGUAUGAACUCCUAUUUUUACAAGUUCAUGAUCAACCUGCUGAAACGCUUCUGUCUGGAGAGGAAGCUACUGGAGGUCAGAGGAGCCUUCAUCAUCCGGCAGCUCUGUCUGUUGCUCCACGCAGAGAAUAUCUUCCACUCCAUGGCGGACAUCCUGCUGAAGGAGGAGGACCUCAAAUUCGCCUCCACCAUGGUUCAGACGCUCAACACCAUCCUGCUCACCUCGGCUGAGCUCUUCCAGUUACGCAACCAGCUGAAGGACCUGCACUCUCAGGAGAGCUGUGCCCUGUUUUGCUGCCUGUAUCGCUCCUGGUGCCACAACCCCGUGGCCACCGUGUCGCUCUGCUUCCUCACGCAGAACUACAAACACGCCUACGAUCUCAUCCAGAGGUUCGGGGACCUGGAGGUGACGGUAGACUUCCUGAUGGAGGUUGACAAGCUGGUGCAGCUGAUAGAAAGCCCCAUUUUCACGUACCUGCGGCUGCAGCUCCUAGAUGUGGAGAACAACCCCUACCUGAUAAAGGCGCUGUACGGCCUGCUGAUGCUGCUGCCGCAGAGCCAGGCCUUCCAGCUGCUGUCCCACCGCUUGCGGUGCGUCCCCAACCCGGAGCUCAUGAGAACUGUGGACGAGUCCAAGCACAUGGACUCCAAACGGCAAGUCUCCAAACGUGCCUCUCACUCUCCGAUGGAUUACAACGAGCUGCUGCAGCAUUUCGACCGUGUUCAGUGCAAACACCUGGAGGUCCGACACCAACGCUCUGGGCGGGCUUCUGAUCACCCCGACCGGAAGCUGAUGUGAAGUUACUGUGCCACGGUCACCUCAGGUCCUCGAGGACUGGAAAAUAUUCGAUUAAUGUUGAAGCCAAAAAGUAUUAAAUAUGAUGAAAACGUAUCAGAGCACUGUUAACAAACAAGGACUUGUUUGUAGAUAACUGUUUUACCGGGGGAAAACAUUUGAAAAAAUAAACAUAUUUAAACUCUUCAAAUUAUGAUACAUACAAUCUUUUACUUUAUAACUGGUGGUGGUGAUAAUUUAUUUUUAUUUUUUAAUGUUUUAAGUUAAAUGUUCAGGUGAAGCCGAGACAUUUCCAUGUUAAAUAACAUUUGCUUUGUAUAACAUUUUAUUUCCACGUCUUGCCUUAAUCUCUCCUCAGCCAGACAACCAAUCUCACGUGUUGCGUGUUCUCCGGCUCAACUGAGAUUAAAGUUUUAGAGUUGGAGGCUUGGCUGAUUUGACUUGCAUUAAUUCCGGGGAGGACCAUGUUAUUGUGUUUCAUUUUUGUUGUUAGCUGAUCAAAAAUGUCACACACCUUCUGCUUUUAAUUCCAUUUAUUUUUUAUUCUUCAGUAAAUCUGUAUUUCUCCUUGUACGGAUGCAUACUUAAUAUUCUAUGUGAAAAUCAAUAAAGUGGACCAUGUGAAUUAAA